UCAAUAUUAAGUAAUCAGCUAUCUUGAAGAGGUCUAAUUACAACUACUGUAACCAUGUAUCAGAAAACACGGAUUUAUCCACUCGCAAUAUUUGUAAAAACUCUGUUAGUCACUUUUGCAAUUGCCAGAGUAAGCGGCACUUUCAAGAAGAAUCCAUUUCUGCCACCAGCUCCGCAGCAGCCUUCAUAUUAUCAUCCCGCGCCGGCUCCGCCACCAAUUGUUUAUCACCCAGCACCUGCACCGCCCCCAGUGUUUUACCACCCAGCGCCAGCAAGACCGCCACCACCACCACCACGACAGAGGCCGCCUCAAAUCAUCAUAGUACCUGUGCAAACGUAUCCCGCACAUCCAGCGCCACGACCGCCACCUGUUCAUCCCGCCCCACCACCACCGCAUCCAGUACAUCCGCCACCACGUCCAGUACACCCACCAUCACACCCAAUACAUCCAGCACCAGUCUAUACACAACCAGCACCACCAACGAAAGUGAUCCAACCAACUUUGGUUAUACAACCAAUUCUAUAUCCUGGUGGCAGCGGCGGCGGUGGAGGGAAAGGUGGUAAAGGAUGCAACUGUCAUGGGAAGUAAAAAAGGUGAACCAGAUAUUCAAAAUAAUAGUAACAUAUUUAAAAGUAAACUUAAAGGU